AUGUCAGCUCCCGAAGGUUACAUUCCAGGGUUCGUCUGCACCCUGGACACAUGCUCCGUGAAAGAAUGGGGCUUCGUUCACUAUAGGCCGACUAUUGCCGGAAACGCCCUGUUUCUGGCCAUCAUGGCUGUCAUCGCAGUCUACCAGAUCUAUCUUGGCAUAAGACUCAAAACGAAGAGCUUUAUGAUUGCCAUUUGCCUUGGCCUGCUAACGGAGAUCGCCGGAUACGUCGCCCGGGUGCUCUUGAAUGGAAACCCCUUCAGCAGAGACUAUUUCCUGUGGUACCUCAUCACUCUGACCAUCGGCCCGGUGUUCAUCGCGGCCGCUAUCUAUCUGACUCUCGGAAGAAUCGUCGUGGUUCAUGGAGCGUUCAUUAGUCGAAUCAAGCCUCGGACAUAUACGACAUUUUUCUUGGGAUGCGAUAUUGUCAGUCUUGUUGUCCAGGCUGUCGGCGGAGGCAUCGCUGCAUCGACGCCUUUGGACAACCCACACAUGAUCGAUGUGGGGACAAAUAUUCUCGUCGCAGGCCUGUCGAUUCAAGUCGCUAGUCUGUUUGCAUUCUCGGCCUGCAGUCUCGAGUUUCUAUGGCGCGUGAGAAAGAACCCGGAGAUGAGGAACCCCGAAUUUGCCGACUUGGUCAGCAGCAAACGGUUCAAUAUGUUCUUGAUUGCACUGUUUGGCGCAACGGCUUGUUUGUUUGUACGAACCGUCUUCCGAUCCGUCGAGCUCAGUGAGGGUUUCAGCGGGGAGUUGGCCAACCAAGAAGUUGAAUUCAUGGUCCUGGACGGGGUCAUGAUUAUACUCGCAUGUCUCUGCUUGAGCAUCUGGCAUCCAGGACAUGGCUUCGGGGGCCGGUGGAACGAAGCGAAAUUCCGAUUCCGUAACUCCAAGAAUAAAGUCGAUCAGGAGGAGGUUGCAGAGGCAGUCGCCCCUCGCAGACAUGAGAAGGGAGAACUGGAGACGUCUGCAGAGAGACUAUGA